AUGGACUCGGGCUCAAAGUAAUUCUAACAUAGUCAAGAGGAAUCAAAAACAUCUAUAAGAUUCCACUAUAACCACGAUCAAUUAAUUGUUGAUACCACUCCUUACGAGCAAAAAUCAAGUGCGAGGAAUUCGGCAACUACACCAACUACCAUGAAUCGAAAAAGACCAUUAAGCCAAGGAAGAAAAAUUACCAGCCUCCCCAAAAAUAGACCCUCAGUAGGUCAAGAAUUUGUUUUAAAAUCUAGACUCUCAGUUGGAGCAAUUUUUGCAGGUGGAAAACAGACUUAUGAAGGUAACUUAUAAUUAGCUUCCCUACUCGAAAAAAUCAGUACCCAGAAAAGUCAAAUCGAAAGCUUAAAAAAGGAUUUAAAGCACGAAGAAAAACUAGUUAAAACUCUUAUGUCAAACCCUGAUAAUUAUUAUAUUGGGAAAUAUGCUGAAGAGGCUAAAGCAUGAAAAAACAAAGUCAGUGAGAACAAAAAGGAAAUUAAGCAUAUGGAAUUAGAAAUUAAUGAAUUGAAAAAAAAUAAAGGUGUAUCCAAGGUAUGUGAAUUAAAAGAAGAAAUUGGCAUUCUCUCAAAAAUAUGCCGAAAUCUUGAAGCGCAAUUAGCUGAAAAAACAAGUGAUGCUAAAAGCAUGCAUGAAGAGGAAAAGAAAGUAAAACUAAAAAUCAAAGAUUACGAAAAUGAAAUCGAUGCACUGAAAGCACAAAAUAAAGAAAUUAUAAACAAAUAUCUUGAGAAAGAUUCUAUUAUAUCUGAAUUGAAGAAGGAAGUUGAAAAACUUAGCAAGAAAAAGCUCGCAAAAAGAAAUCAAGCUUUAAAAAAAGAGGUUGAGCGUUUAAAACUCAGGCUAGAAGGAAACCGUUUUGCAGUGGCAAAUUCUAUAGAAAAAGAUGUCAAGAUUAUUGAUAUUCAAAAACCUCAUAUCAUUGAUAGAAAUAAAAUAGAAAAAACCCUUAUUAUAGCUGAUAUAAAGGGUACUAAAUUUAAUCGCAAUCAGAUUCAAACUGAAUUGUUGAUUCCUAAUAUAGAAAGUGCAAUUAAAAAGAAUCCUAAGAAUCAAGUCUCUAUUUUAAAUACUGGAAUUGAACCUGUGCACAAAAGUGCAAAACUCGACCAAGAAUAUGAAACAGUUUAUAAUUCAAUUCCGAACAAUCGAAUAUUAAAUUCCGAAGUUAAUUGCAAUCCUAUCUCAAUAAGCAAUGGAACAACUGAGUUUAAGCAAGCUUUAGACUCUGAUAUUCAAAAAAUUCCGAAUGAAAAUCUAAUUAAACCUGAAGAUCUUUCAGUGCAAUUUGAACAUUUUUCACUCUGUAUGGCAAAUUUUGGACUUACAAAAUCAGAAGUCCCCGAGUAUUUAUUUAAAGAAUCUUUUGAAGAUGAAAUGACAAAAGAUGGGCUUAUUGAUCAUUUAAAAAAAUUCGAUAUUAUUUUAAAAAUGCCAAAACACGAAGAGUUUUGUAAGUUUCUAAUAGAGCCUAAUUUAGGAGACUUCUGCGGUCAAAGCUUUCCAAAUAAAAAAACAGUAAGUCAAAUCUGUGCAAAGCUCAUGGCGAAUCUCAGUGAUUGGGAGAUUAUUAAAGAUAAUGAAGAAGAAAACUUUGAUCAAAUCAUUUAUUCGGAUUUAUGCGAAAACUUACUAGAAUUUAAGAAAAUAUGUAAAUCAUGGGAUAAAGACAACUCUGCAUGUGUAAGCUUAAAUCAAAUUGAACAAGUUUUUAUAAAAUUCCUGAAGAACCCAUCGGCAAAAUUACUGUAUUAUAUAAAAUUUUUUUGUUUUUCCUUAUUACAUCGCAUAGAUGCCAUUCCUUAUAUUAAUGUCUGCAAUAUUAUUCAAAAUUUAGGUAAGAAAAAAUCAAAGUCAGAGACAUUAUCUACUCCAAGUCAAAUUGAAGACAAUAGGUCUAAUAAAAGCGUUGAAAGAGGAAAAAGUCCGAUAGAGGAGGAAUUUGUUGCUGAAAAUUUUGGGCAUACAGAAUCAAUGAGCGAAGAAGCAGCUGAUAUAGAUAUGCUUCAUCCUAAUGAAUUGCCAAGGAAUGAGACUCUAGUUUCAACAUGUAUAGAGGGAAAUAUUGAAAUAAAAGAAGAUAAGGUAUUUGAGGAAAAUAAAUCAGACUUAAGCUCCAUAGAUAAUCCCUCAGAAAGCCACGAAUCUGAUCAAGAAAUUUUAGAGGAAGAUAUGAAUCAAGAAGUGAACGAAGAAUUAGAGGAAACCGAAAGUAUAGAAAAGACUCAAGAAAUAACUGAAUCAGAAACAGAAUUCCAACAUGAGGAGCUGAAUAAUUUGGUGAUCCAAAGCUGUGGACAUACAAAUGAAGUAAGCUCCAAAAGAAAAAAAGAAAAGGACGAAUAUGAAAUCAUAUCGAAUACAGAAAUUGAGCGGCCUCUAACAUCUUUUGAAGAAAGUUCUGAAUCUGAAGAAGAAACGUUUAGAGCAGAAGAAGAAACGCAUAAAGCAGAAGAUGAAGAGGAAGAGGAAGAGGAAUACAAUAUUGCUUAA